AUAAGGGAGAAAGUCCCGUUGAUAGUCAUCACAAGGUAUCUUUCCAGCCGACCACCAGCGCCAAUACUACAGCCGCUCUCCAGUCAUGUUCAAGGUUGCGUGUGCAGCAGUUACUGUGGGCGUGAUGGUGGGAGUAGUGAUGAGCAUCCCUCUCCCUGAAGCCCCGGCUGUCUAUGGCUCGCCCUCGUACCCAGCACCACAAGCUCCGGUACAAUAUAAAGAGGAACCAAAGCCAUACGCUUUCGACUACGGAGUCCAAGACAGCUACACUGGCGCCAACUUCGGCCACAGUGAGAACUCUGACGGGAAGGCUGUGAAGGGCUCUUACACGGUGGCUCUCCCUGACGGCCGCAUCCAGACUGUCAACUACAUCGCUGACGGCUACAACGGUUUCCAAGCUGAGGUCACCUACGAGGGUCAGGCCGUCUACCCUGAGCAUAAGCCAGCCGCCUACAAGCCUGCUCCUGUCUACCCUCAGCCUGCUCCUGUAUACCCUCAACCCUCUCCUUCUCCCUAUGCGUAGCCCUUUCCCCUCCCCUAGCCUAAUGCCUCCCCAGGAUUAAAGCCCCCUCCCCCGUCAUAAUGUAGACUCUCCUUCCUUUUCCAAAACUUCCAAACAAAAAUAUUUACCAAGCCCAUUCUUGUAUGCAAAGACUCCCCAACCCGUUCCUUCUCUUUGGCGUCAAUAUCAGCAACUGUGAAUUUUUAACCUCAUUUUUUUUAAUGUAAAUGUUUUUUUGUAGGAUAGUUUUGUACGUUUUUGCAACUAAAAUAUUUACCAGUUGGCAAGUCCAUGUCAGAAAUCAUCCCUCACUCGAGGAACAUCAUCCAUUAAUAUUUUUUUUACUCCAUUCUCGUUAGCUCAUUUCUAAUUCCGUCCUUAACAUAUCCCAAUUCCCAUCCCGACCCUAAAGUCCUUCCUUAAUCCCGACCCUGAAGUCCUUCUCUAACAUACUGCCAUACACUCCAUUAUCCCGUCACCGACCCAUCCUGUCUCACGUCCCGUUAAUGUACUCUCUCCCUCUACCUUUCAACCUCCUUCCUGUCCCUGCCUCAUUCACAGUCUUUCCUUGGAUACUCCAACAAUUAAGACCCUCUAGCUAGUCAGCCACGGCGGUAAAUGAUAGUGUUUCCAUCACCUGUUAAUUUCCUGAUAAUAAAAAAAUCAAUAACAUGAUG